AUGUCGGAAUAUACUGUGGAAGUUACGUGUGGGAGUGGAAAUGAAUAUGAUGGACGAAUGGGUAUACGAAUAUCUUCCAUAUUCGUGAUUGGAUUUGGGUCCAUGAUGGGUGCCCUUCUACCAAUCGCUGCUGCAAGAACGAAAAGGAUGAGUGUUCCACCUUUGGCAUUCUUUAUCACCAAAUAUUUCGGAUCGGGUGUUAUUAUAGCUACCGCUUUCAUACAUUUACUUGCUCCCGCUUCGGCCAAUUUGGCCUCUCCGUGUUUAACGGGCGCAAUUACAGAUUAUGAUUGGGCCGAAGGUAUUUGCCUUAUGACUAUUUUUAGCAUGUUCUUCAUUGAGCUCAUGGCGUCACGAUUUGAUGUAUUUGGACAAGAUGAUCAUGACCUGGAAGCAGCCGAUCCUGCAAGGGAUCUCAUCAGACGAACUACCCGAGAUGAGAAAGUUGACGCAUUAAAAACAUCUUCGCCCUCAGAUGGUAAUAGUUACAAAGAAACUGGCGAUAGCCCUCAAGCUUCCAACGCAGUACUAGAACAACAUGAUCACGAGAGCUCAAUUACCCGGAUACCGACAUCUGGAGAAGGACCAUCCAGAGGUAGAUCAAGUAUUCCAGGUCGACCUGAUGAUUUAUCAUAUCCCCCUGGAGGUGAGGAUCACCUCGGACAUCAACGAGAACACCAUGAAGAUGGUGACCAUUUUGCUGCUCAAAUGACUGCACUAUUUAUUCUUGAAUUUGGUGUCAUAUUUCAUUCCAUUUUUAUCGGUCUCACACUUGCCGUCACAGGUGAUGAUUUUAACGUCCUUUACAUUGUCCUUGUUUUCCAUCAAACAUUUGAAGGACUUGGUCUUGGAGCUCGACUUGCCACAGCUCAUUGGCCUAAAAAGAAGGGAUGGAUGCCAUGGGCUUUAGGAGCAGCUUAUGGUUUUACAACCCCUAUUGCAAUUGCUAUUGGCUUAGGUGUUCGUACAACAUUUGCCCCAGGUAGUCAAAAGACUAUGAUUAUCAAUGGUGUAUUCGAUUCCAUCAGUGCUGGAAUUCUCAUCUAUACAGGAUUGGUGGAAUUGAUGGCACAUGAAUUCAUGUUCAAUCAAGAAAUGCGUAAAAGUUCAAUGAAGAUGAUGCUCUUCGCUUUCGGAUGCAUGGUUGCAGGAGCAGGUUUGAUGGCGUUAUUAGGGAAGUGGGCUUGA